CUCUGACGGGCAGCUCUUCAGUAGGAACCCCACGCCCAACUUCUACGUAACAAGAGAGUAGAAAGUCUUUUCCAAGAUGGCAACGACCAUAGACAGCAGCAAUGCCGUACAGGCGACAAGCAAAAAGCAUCUCGGAAUUCCCGAAGCAAUAUUUGUGGAGGAUGUCGAGUCGUUUAUGAAGCAGCCAGGCAACGACACCGCAGACGCCGUACUGCGGAAACUGGAUGAACAGUACCAGAAAUACAAGUAUAUGGAGCUCAACUUGGCGCAGAAGAAACAAAGGUUGAAAAGCCAGAUCCCACAGAUCAAGCAGACUCUAGAAAUCCUACGGCACAUGCAGAAGAAGAAGGAAACCACAGACCCGAUGGAAACACACUUCCUAUUGGCUGACAACGUUUACUGCAAGGCGUCAGUCCCGCCCACCGACAAAGUGUGCCUGUGGCUAGGGGCCAAUGUGAUGUUGGAGUAUGACAUCGACGAGGCCCAGUCUCUUCUGGAGAAGAACCUAGCGACCGCAUCACGCAACCUGGACUCCCUGGAGGAAGACCUGGACUUCCUCAGAGACCAGUUCACCACCACCGAAGUCAACAUGGCACGAGUCUACAACUUUGACGUUAAGAGGAGGAGCAAGGACAACCUCCUUAAAUCAGUCAAGAAGUCUUGAGAGAGGGGGACCCCCCACAAUAAAUAUCCCCCCCCCCCCCCCCCCCCAGUAACCCGCCCCAACUCCAUGUUCACAUCUCUAGUCUCUACAACAUGUUUGCGACCUAAAUGGCACCCUAUUCCAUAUUUAGUGCACUACAUUUAACCAGGGCCCAUAGGGUAGUGCACUACAUUUAACCAGGGCCCAUAGGGUAGUGCACUACAUUUAACCAGGGCCCAUAGGGUAGUGCACUACAUUUAACCAGGGCCCAUAGGGUAGUGCACUACAUUUAACCAGGGCCCAUAGGGUAGUGCACUACAUUUAACCAGGGCCCAUAGGGUAGUGCACUACAUUUAACCAGGGCCCAUAGGGCUCUGGGUUCAAAGCAGUGCACCACAGGAGGUUGGUGGCAUCUUAAUUAUUCGGCAGGGAGGGAGGGCUCGUUGCCAUGGCUGGAGCAGAAACACUACAUUCCAGACAUUUAUUAUGAGCCAUCCUCCCCUCAGCAGCCUCCACUGCAGUGCACUGUAUAGGGAGUAGGGUUCCAUUUGGGAUGUGGACCAAGCCUUAUUCUAUUGAUUUGUUACUUUUUAAAAGUAUUUUUUCAAGUAAAAAAAAAAACAAAACAAAAGUUACUACGGCAGUUUUUUUGUAUUCUUUUAUUCCGAUUUAUUUAAGCACAAAUCUUUUUGAACCCCCUGCUUAGUCUUUAGGUUUGUCACGGUCCUACAUUUCUUCCUCCUCUCGUUGUGUUUUCUGCCAUUUAAGUUGUUGUGUGCUGCUUCUUCUUACGAACUCUUACUGACGUUGAUCUUUGCUAUGUACUCGUUUGGGGCCUUGGUUUGCUUUCAGAACACAUCCUGCUAUUACAUUACCCAUAAUCCUCGCUGGGCAGGAAAUGGGAGAAGAGGAGGAGCAAUCUCACCAGUUCAAGUUGACACCUUCCUGUGGUUAUGAGAAUGUUUAAAUGUCGAGCCCACUCUCUUGUGGGUUCCGUCCCUCACUCCUAGUCCCUCGACUGCAUCUGAAAUGGCACGUUAUUCCCAGAAGUAGUGCAAUAGGUAGUGAAUAGGGUCCCAUUUCGGAUGUAGCCUCUUCUGCUGCCUGUCUGUCUGUGUUUUAUUUUAUAUACCUCCUGUCUUCCCUCCUCCUCUUUCUCAACGUCACGUUGUAUUCAUUAGAAUACUGAAGUGGAAAAAAAGAAAUGUCAAACUAAAAAAAAAAAAUCAACAUUUUGGGAAAGA